GUUCUAGUGAGAAAAAAAAUAUCGGACCUUUCACAGUAGAACAGACGAAAAGCUUAAGAAAUUUAGAUCGGAAUAAAUCAAAACUCCCCAUAUUCUCUCUCUCUCUCUCUCUCUCUCUCUCUCUCUCUGAUAAAGGGAUUCACAAGUAGCUAGGAAUGGCCUCAACCACCUCCUCCACCCCACUUUCAAUCUCUUCCUCUUCCACCCUCAUUGACGGAAAGGCUUCUCGCCAAUCAGCCUCUGCCUCCUCACAAUGUGUAACCCUUCCCACACUUCCUCUGCCACCGGUGCAGUCUCAGAACCGUGCCUGGAAGACCACUGCCUAUUGUCGAAAGAUCACCCGCAAUGUUGUUGCCAUGGCUACCGGAGAGGCUCCAGCUGAAGUUGCAGCAACUGAGCUGCCUGAAAUUUUCAAAACACUACAAGAAACCUGGGAUAAAGUUGAAGACAAGUAUGCAGUGACUUCUCUUGUAGCAGCUGGCGUGGUUGCUCUGUGGGGUUCUGCUGGACUGAUCUCGGCAAUUGACAGGCUUCCGUUGGUUCCUGGUGUUCUUGAGCUCGUUGGCAUUGGUUACACUGGUUGGUUUGCAUACAGAAACCUGAUUUUAAAACCAGACAGGGACGCAUUGAUAGAAAAAGUCAAAGGCGUGUAUGGUGAUAUAAUUGGGACCAGCAAAAAGGAAAUUAACUAGAAAUGCUGCUGAGAAAAGGUCAAAGUUCAGGCCAUGAAUGCAAAUAUUUUGCAGUUAUUGCACUGUGAUCAUGCUUAUUUCAGGUAGCACAAACCUCUAACCAGAGUAAAACCCAUGUUAUGAACCGUAUUGUUGAUACAUUAUUUUACAUAUUAUAUUCCCUUUUCUUAAGUCUAAGCACUGCCCUCGAUCACAAGUCUUCUGUUAGUUCAAUGUGCUUGAACAAUCAGUAUAUAUAUUCAAGCGCUCUGCAACUUUGCACUCUUACGUAUAUUGAGAGCAGAUAAUAAAAAACUUUCCUACUAUA